AUGCAUGGACUAGGAGAGGCAGAGAAAGCAUUACAUCAUUACAAACAGUCAGGUUCCCUUGUUGACCGCGAAGACAUUGCCAAAGCUGAGGCUCUUCAAAAACAGCUUAACAGAUGCAACGGAGCUCGGAAUUUAAAGGAGUGGAGCGAUUUGUUAAAGGGGACCCAAUUUGCAAUAUCAGUUGGUGCUGAUUCGGCUCCAAAAGUGUAUGCUCUGCAAACUGAAGCCUUGUUAAGGCUCCAAAGACAUCAAGAGGCCUAUGCCACCUACAAUAAGGGACCAAAAUUUCUCAUUGAAUCAUGUACAAAAUUGUUUGGCCCUGCUGGUAGCGCUUAUAUCUUGGUGAUGAAGGCGCAAGUUUACAUGGCCACAGGCAGGCUUGAAGAUGCUGUGAAAGUAGCUCAGCAUGCGGCUCAACUUGAUCCAAAAAACCAAGAGAUUGUUACCAUAGUAAAGAGAGCUAAAGCGAUAGCAUCAGCCAGACUGAGUGGUAACUUGUUGUUCAAGGCAUCACAAUACUUGGAAGCGUGUAAUAUGUACACCGAAGGACUAGAGCACGAGCCAUACAACUCAAUCUUACUAUGCAAUCGAGCAGCUUGUCGAUCUAAGCUUGGCCAAUACGAAAGAGCUGUGGAAGAUUGCACGACCGCGCUUAUUUUGCAGCCUACUUACAGUAAGGCCAGGCUACGCAGGGCAGAUUGCAAUGCUAAGCUGGAAAGAUGGGAAGCUUCAGUUCAAGACUAUGAGAUGCUGAUCAGAGAGAUUCCAGGAGAUGAGGAGGUGGGGCGCGCAUUGUUUGAGGCACAAGUGCAGCUUAAAAAGCAACGUGGCGAAGAUGUUAAGGACAUGAAAUUUGGUUCAAAUCUGGUUUUCAUCUCUAGCAAUGAACGGUUUAGACACUUUGUAACCUCACCUGGGAUGGCAGUGGUGCUAUUCUGUAACAAGGCCAAUCACAAGCAAGUAUUGCAGCUUAUGGAACAAGUCUGCAAGAGAUUCCCAUCUGUCAACUUCCUCAAGGUGGAGGUCGAAGACCACCCUUACUUAGCUAAAUCAGAAGGUGUAAGUUCUAUUCCAGCCUUCAAGAUAUACAAGAACGGAUCAAGAGUCAAAGAAAUUCCUGGAAACAACCGCGAAUUGUUAGAAAAAUCAGUUAAACUGUACAGCAGCCGAAGAAACAUAUUGUAAUUAGAGAAAAAAUUUAACAGAAAGAAAGAAAAGAACCAAGCUGGGAAAAAAAUAAUGUGGGCUAAUGGCCUUAAUGACUUUGGCGGCGUUGCAUAUUAGUUAUUAAGCAAAGAAAAUGAGGAUAAGAAGGAAUCAUUGGGGCACAACAAAGUAAAUUCUUGAAGAGAGAUUUAAGAGAUGGGUUCUUUUGUGAUGAUAAUUUCUAUAGUAAUUAUUUAUUUAUUGACUUUGACUGGAUGCUUAACCAGUCCUCUAUUCUUAUUUCUUUUUUGUUUGUUUAUUAGGUGAAAAGAAGAUUUGAUUAGAAAUGUUAGAUUUUACUACCAAUACGCGUGUGUUUGAUUUAGGGAAUGUUAUAUUACUAAAAAUAU